UACACCUUGGUUGUACUAAAAACCUCGCACCCGCAUUUGACAGCGGCCCGUGUCUUCGUUUUCUCCGCAUGACGUUUCUUGUUUUUGCUGACGACAAGUGCAGUUUCAGAAAUUGCUUUACUCAUCUCGCCGAUUUUUCGCGUACCAAAGAUAAGUGCAAGUAACUUUCGCUUCCCUUUUUGCUCCCCCGUCCGGUGUUGCACAUUCCAUGCUGCACCGUAGUUCGGAUGUGCCGCACGGUAGCAUAACUGGCAGUGCAAAUUAAUCGGCCCCGAAAUCUGCCCGACCCUCCCAACGGGUACGCGUCCUUUGUUUUGUGGGGAGAAAAGCGCCGCUGCUGAUAGUCAAAAGGCCCCCCCCAGAACGGUGACGAGCGAGAGCCAUUGUUGCUUGAGGUCUUAGUGAUAGUCGUGACGCGACCGCGGAUAAAGGAUAAAGAAAGUCUACGUCGUCUGGAAAGCGAUUGUGCCGCUAUACCGACCCGGGACCACUCCCGUUCAAAAGCAGCACGAGCAGCAGCAGCAGCAGCAGCAAAAUGGACACCAACGGUACCUUGGAGCAUGAUGGAGAGACGGAGCAAACGCAAAAACAACAGCCAGCCUUCGACAAUGUUGAUAUCACGUCGCCGGACGACGAAAACGAGAACGAUAUCUUCGAGUCGGCGAUACAGGAACCACUAUCGCCCGUACUGGAGGACGUGCCGACGGACGAGGCGGGGGAUACGUUUAUCGAAAUAGUUGUUGCUGACCCGCAGAAAGUGGGCGACGGCAUGGGUUCAUAUUUGGCGUAUAAGGUGUCCACAAAGACAAACAUUCUGAAGUUUAAAAAGCGACAGUUCUUCACGAUGCGCCGGUUCAGUGAUUUCCUCGGUCUGCACGAUCUGCUCGUAAGCAAGUACCUGCGCAUGGGGCGCAUCAUACCGCCCGCGCCGGAAAAGAACAUCAUCGGCACGACCAAGGUGCGGAUGGGCAGCCAGCCGCAGGCGGAAGCCGGCGCGGGCGUCAACCUGGAGUGGAUCGAGAAUCGGCGCGCCUCGCUCGAACGCUUCCUGAACCGGGUCGCCCAGCAUCCGGUCCUGUGCCAGGAUACGGACUUUGUCAACUUCCUCGAAAGCGACCAGGAGCUGCCGCGUGCCGUCAACACGGCCGCCCUGAGCGGUGCCGGCGUGAUGCGCCUCUUUAACAAGGUCGGCGAAACGGUCAACAAGAUCACGUACAAGAUGGAUGAGAACGAUCCGUGGUUUAACGACAAGAUCAGCGAGGUCGAAACGAUCGAUGCACACAUGCAGAAGCUGCACUCCGCCAUCAAGGCGCUGGUGUCGCAUCGCAAGGAGCUGGCCACGCUGACCGGCGGUGUCGCGAAGUCGGCCGCACUGUUGAGCACGUGCGAGGAGCAUACCGGACUGUCGCAGGCCCUGUCGCAGCUGGCGGACGUGGAGGAGAAGGUGGAACUGUUGCGCUCCGAGCAGGCCAACUCGGACCUGUACAUCCUGUCGGAGACGAUCAAGGACUACAUUGGGCUGUUCGGUGCUAUCAAGGACGUGUUUCACGAGCGGGUGAAAGUGUUCCAGAACUGGCAGCACGCCCAGAUGCAGCUAACCAAGAAGCGGGAAAACAAGGCGAAGCUCGAGCUGCAGGAUCGACGCGACAAGCUGGAGUUUGCACAGAAGGAGGUGGAAGAGUGGGAGGGCAAGGUGCAGCGGUGUCAGAAGGAGUUUGACAAUAUUUCCAGUGAAAUCAAGAAGGAGAUGGAACGCUUCGAGCUGGCUCGUGCACGCGAUUUCAAGUCGACCAUCAUCAAAUAUCUGGAAGAUCAAAUGGCACACCAGCAGCAGGUAAGCUUCAUCGCUAAAAGUACAACCUUUUUAGUAUCGGAAACACUAAUCUUCGCUUUCUCAUACCAGCAAAUGCGAUACUGGGAAGCGAUCGUACCGGUUGCCCGUGACAUUGCAUGAGAGGAACCGAACGCGUUGAAUCCGCCCAUCCUGUACGACGACGACGACGAAGACCGUGUUCCGACGACUGACAAACUGCGCCUCUCGAUUAAUUUAGUCGACUCCAAUGCAAGGAUAUCGUAGGACGGCACACUGCCCGGGUGUGUGCUGUAGCUGCGGCCGAGGAGGAUGGCCAAUGAUUUGCGCACGGCUUCAUAAACACAACCCAGACAAAGACCUGCAGAUAGUUUGAUAGUGAUGCUGUGCUAGACGAUUGUUGUGUGGGUGAGAGUUGAUCUAAGAUUUCUUACGCCUCAUUUCACUGCUCUAUAUCCUGCCCUCCCUCUCUGCUCUCUCGCCACAAGCCCUUUCGACUAUUAGGAAGGAAAGGGGCAAAAAGGGUUUCCUUAAGAUGCAAGCUACGCUCAUGUUGCACUAAAUAACGCGAGGGGUUGGGGGAAGGAGGGAAGGAGAGGAAAGGAUAAUAUCGAUCGACCAAAAGUGUGAUGUGUAUUUGUAAAUAAUGAUAGCGCGAGGCAAAGAAGUAAAAAACAAGUAACGUGUAAUCCCAUGCAACACACCCAUUCAUACAAAAUCCCCGUUUAGAAGAAGUAGAAAUUCGCUUAGGAUGCUGAAAUGUUAGUAACAAACACACAUAGAGAGAGGCACACACACACAUACAGUCACCGCAAUGGCUGAUGGCCACUAGUUAAUUAGGCUUCACAGUGUUGCUUCUACUACCCGUUCUUACACAUAUCUUCCCCCCGUUACACGUAGUUAAACAUCCCGCGGCACCCGGAACACUCACGCAGACACCUUUGUUGCCUUUCUGUUUAGAUAUCGAUUUAGUGCAUUUGUUACACGUUUUCGUACGUAACACAGAAACACACACACACACAACUAUGUAUGUAAAUAUGUUUGUUUUGAAACAGUUGCGUAGUCACGUCACGUGUACUGCCUCCAAAGUGUCCAAGAGAACGUUUCAGCAACAACAAAAGGGAUACACAUGUGGGUACCAAAAUUCUCGAAUAAGCUAACAAUCGGGUACAGUGUGGGUCAGUAUGAAAGCCCAAACUUGGUUAAACCUUUAGAGAUUCAUCUUCUAAUAAUUGUUAGUAUAUGCUAAUUUCGUGAUGUAUGUUUCAAACAUGAUCGGUUUUUUUUGCAAUUCCAGCCCAAUUGAAGGGCGGUGUGAGAUAUUGUUUUCGUUCAAAAAAUUGUCUACACCUUCGUUAAGUUUUGUUUUUAUAUCAAUGCCCCUAUGCAUAGAUAGUAGCUUCUCGCUUAGAGCAAGGAAGUAUUACCGAAACGUACGGUACGGUCCCGUCUGUCGAAAGUGGCAUCAGUUCGCAAAUGUGCUGUGCGUAAGGAUUUGAAAUCAUGAUAGAAUAUUUAAAAAACCAAUGUGUUAUUCCCCUUCCCCCUCUCUCUCUCUCUCUUUCUCACUCACACACAUUCUCUUUCCCUCUACUCUGUUGAUCGUGCGCAGGGCCGGCGCAAAAGAUAUUGUUACAUUUUUUUCAUAGGUUAGAACACGUGAACUCUAUUAGACUAUACAAAUAUGGUAUAUGCAUACAAAACUAAAAGUCUUAUAAAUUUAUUUCCAUUUUGGAUCACUAGAGAGGAAGCGCGCUGUGCUGAAAAGGUGGAAAGGAGUGAACAAGAUAAUCAAAGGCGAAAAGCGUGUGCCGCAAAACAAAACGGAUUUGAACGGAAAUCCGUGUGUGCAGGAGGAAGUAGAUGAAGUCGAUGUUUUGCAUUAGAUAGGAAGGAUGGAUGGAAAAAAGGAGACAAGUAUCAUAACAACAGUUUUAAGGUAAAUCAAUCGUAUGUUCCGUUAUUACGUUCAAUGCUGUGCUUAAAUCUUACUCCAAAAGAUGAAUAUUGCCGGGACAGUAAAUUUGUAAACACCUUUUGCGAUAACACUACAAUUACAAUCCUACACUCCGUUCGGUAUCUCGAUCGCCAAAUUGAACAAGCUUGAAACAAUCAAAACGUGGAAAUCAUCCCCGCCCCGCCCGCUAGCGAAUCAUUUUUGUGUGUAGCAUUGUAUUUAAUACUUUCGAUAAUCAACGCUUUGCGGCUACAGUGUAGAUUCGUUAUUUAUUGUUUAAUUUUUGGUGCGCCUAGUAAUGCAUUAGUGGGAGGGCAUGCUGUGGACACCUCAGGCAUUCCAGUACGAGUAGGUACGAGACGCUAUUUUGUCACGCCCCUGAUUUACUUACCUACGAAACACGCCGUCUCUCAUACCUCGAUUCGCGUAGCAUUUAUGUAAAAAAAAAAAACGGCAAACAAGCUAAAAGAAGCAACCGAAAGCGCAUACUUCCCAUGUAUUGCCGAUGGCAGAUGCAAUCUGUGUUCUCGUAGAUGUAUGCCGCGUGUGUUAAUGGAUGUGCGUGUGAUAUUAAUCGAAAACAAGGGCAAGAAAAUGUGACUAAUGCGGCAGUAGGGAUAAUAGGGCUUCAAGCUUCAUCAUGUACCACUGUUUUCUAAACUGCUUGCACGAUCUUGAGCGCAUCGAUAUAGAGAUUCUCUUUGUGUAGGAUGUUUCCUCUCCUGUAGAAUGAGCCUUUCUGCCGGGUAUAAUACACACAUAUAUAGCCCUUCUUGAUCGCAUUUAUUCGCGUCUUUCGCGGUUUUGUUGGGUCAGCAAGUUUAAAGCAUUUAUAAAGCUGACGGAGAAGGCACACAGAAACACACAUACACACACAAACACACGGUAUGUUUAAAAAGCCCUCUGACCGUUGUCCAUGAUAAUAAGCAAGAAUUGUCGAGCAAGAUAAAAAAAAAAACCAACAAACAAACACGUGAGAAAUGUUAUUAUUUCAAAAAAUAUAUAUACACAUAUAUAUCUAUAUUCUAUU